CAAGCCGAACCGAGACCGAGAGAGCUUCCCCACACCCACAGCGGGGUGCAGCGGAUCGCGCCAAAUUCGACCGAACAAUCGCGCGCCACUCGGCCCCGCCACUAUGAGCUUCUCGUCCAUGAGCAAACAGCAGGUGCUGGACGCCGGUGACGGGGAGGGGGAAGAGGUCGUGGAGCUUAUCCCGGGCCUGCCGGAAGAGGUGGCCGAGAAGUGCCUCCUCCACCUGCCCUUCCUCUACCACCGUCUCUUCCGCACCGUCUCCUCCACCUGGAACCGCUUCCUCACCGACUCCCCUGCCAAGCCGCUGCUGUUCACUCCCGCGGAGGGGGCGGGGGCUGGCGCGGGGAGCGCAGCCAUGGGCUCGUUGUCCUUAUCGCUGCCCUUCCUCUUCGCCUUCGCGUUUGACCCUGUGUCGCGACGCCUCCAGUGCCAGGCGCUCGACCCUUUCUCGAGGAGGUGGCUCCUGCUCCCGCCGGUGCCCGGCGGCGCCGCGGCCGGGUCGUUUGCGGUGGUGGGGCUCCCCCGCCGCGGCGAGAUCUACGUGAUUGGGGGCGUCGAGGAGGGCAGCGACAAGGCGGUGACGAGCGUGGCCGUGUACAGCGCCGCGCGGAACGGAUGGGAGGAGGCGGCGGCGAUGCGGACGCCCCGCGGGUACAUGGCGGCUGGGGAGGUGGGAGGGCGGGUGGUGGUGGCCGGGGAGGACGGCGAGGCCGAGGUGUUCGACCCGGAUGCCGGGCGGUGGUCGCCGGCUGCGCCGCGCCGGGGCGCGGCGGUGGCGUGGUACGACGCGGCGGCGGCGGGUGGGAAGCUGUACGUGACGGAGGGGUGGGCGUGGCCGUUCGAGCGCGCGCCGCGCGGCGCCGUGUACGACUCCGCCACGGACUCGUGGUGCGAGAUGGCGCGCGGGAUGCGGGAGGGGUGGACGGGCUCUUGCGCCGUCGCCGGCGGCCGGAUGUACAUCGUGGCGGAGUACGGGGAGUGGCGGCUGAAGCAGUACGACGAGGCCCGGGACGAGUGGCGGAUGGUGGCCGGCAGCGGGGUGCCCCCCGAGGUGCGCCGGCCACACGUCGUCGCCGGGGAGAUCGGGGAGGUCGCCGGUGGGAGGCGAAGGAUAUACGUUGUUGGCGCCGGGCUGGACGUCGCCGUGGGCACUGUUUCGGCCUCAGACACCGCCGCGGCACCCGGCGUCCACGGCGUCGAGGAGGAAGUGGUGGAGUGGGAGGUGGUCAAGGGCCCCACCGAGUUCGUCGGGCUCGCGCCCUGCAACGCACAGGUCCUCUACGCAUGACCCAGCCUUCGGGUAGAACAAACAUCUGCAUCGCCGAACCAAGACGUUUCGGCCCACUCCGCGCACCCACACGGGUCCACAAGCCCCGAGCCACAUCACGUCGCCCCUGGCUGGUCCACAUGUCAGUGAAACUUGACUGCUCCAGCGUCUCGCCGGCAGGAGCGAGUGCCCUGCUGCCAGACUGCCCAGAUGGAUUUUCCGGAUGCGCAAGCACAUGUAUUCACAGUCACAGGCAGCACAGUCUCGCCACGUGGGACCAGUCUGUGAGCGAGCAGUGAUGGGACUUGGAAGAGGCUGAGAAGUCUUUUCCACCUCGGGGAAAGGACAAAGGAGGAAGCGAGCAGGCAGGACGGAUUAUUUUUCUUUCCGUUUUGAUUUGAGGUUUUUCUUGUACCUGUGUAUAUAUUAUAUAUUGGUAUUGUAUUUUGAGAAACAAUGGAGAAG